UAGCAACAAACUAGUUAGUUUAUCUUAGCUGAAAAAUAUCAGCAGCAGCAACAGCAAACUUGAUCGCGCCUCUUCAGACAGUCUACUUCUACUGUAUCAACAGAUGUGUCAGUGAAACUGUUCUGCAUGCUCUUGUCCAGUGCCCAGGCAUCGCUGACUUGUGGAUUUAUGUCAAAUGCUUGCUGUCAUGUAGGACAGAUUCAACUAUAAACUGAAUUUAUUGUGAAGAUCGUCCCACCCACUUCCUCAGGCCAGGAAGGGCAGGCAGUAUUUAUUUGUCUGGUAGUCUUAGCAAAAGAGGUAAUGUGGGAGCAGAUUGAAAAGGCUGAAGACAGAUACUUUUUUCUUUGGCCAAGUCCUCCUCAACUUUUUCAAGUUUCACUUAAAAAGGAAAGUGAAAGUAGAGAAGGAAGUGUUGGUUCCCAGCAAUUUUGUUAAAAGCAUAAAGCAACAGAAUGGAAAGAAAGAUUAAAAGCAGUAGUAUUCCAUUAGCGAAUUUUGACCCACAAAUUGUGGUAAAACUUCACAAAAAUGUGGAAACUGAGGCUGCGAACUGGUUUAUUGACAAACUGCAAAUGGAUCGGAAAUUUGGUGGUGGAAAUUUGAUUGUAAAAUCUGUUAUCAAUGAAAAGAAGGAGAAAACGAUGCUUUAUUUGAGUGCUGCUCCAGAUAAAUUAUUACUUGGGGCUGAACUGUUUGACUUGAAGAAGAAAUACAAUGAUGGUUAUUACAGAGAUUUCAACAUUGAUGACCUGGAGAACUUCCAAGGAGCAGAGGACAUCAGCUCAUUCUUCACCAAUACAGAGAAAAUCAAGAUAAUAUAUCGCUAUCUCUGUGCUCUUCGUGCCCAGCAAUCUGACACCCAUAUCCCUGGAUAUCCAAAUGCAAAACUCUACCCUGGCAAAAGUUUAUUACGUAAGUUCAAGAGUGCUGGGAUUAUUGAGCAUGUGUACCCUCUUCAUGAUGUUGAAAAGUUGAAAUUUUUAAAAACCAGCUGGGACUGGAAGUCUUUCUUCCGUCAGUUACCCAUGGAUGACAUCAGAGCUUACUUUGGAGAGAAACUGGCCCUUUACUUCUCGUUCCUUAUCGUCUACACCUAUGCUCUCAUUGCUCCAGCUAUCAUUGGCAUCAUCUAUUUAAUCACCAGUUGGAAUAACAUCUACCGAGAAGCUAUCUUUGCUGUUUUCAACCUCAUUUGGACAACCAUCUUUUUAGAGUUCUGGAAGCGAUUCUGUUCAGAACUUACUUUUAAAUGGGGCACCCUAAAUGAAGUGGUAGAAACUGAGGAACCUCGUCCAAGCUUCCAUGGAGUUUUAGGCACCAACCCUGUGACAGGCCAUCCCGAGCCAGUCUAUCCUAAGUGGAAACGACAACUGCGAUUUUAUGGUGUCACAGUUCCAGUUAUAUUGUUAUGCCUGCUCAUUGCCUUUGAAGCGAUGUUAUUGUAUUUCCAAAUGCAGGAUUGGGCAAACCUUCUCUAUGAAAAAGACCCGAGUUACCUGAAUUAUGCCAAUAUGAUGUGUUUCCCCAGCAUUGUCUAUGCUGUUGCUGUGACUAUCAUGAAUACCUUGUAUAACAUACUUAUCAAGAAGCUUAAUGAUUAUGAAAACCAUCGGCUACAGUCUUCCUAUGAAAAUCAUCUUAUAGUAAAAAUGGUUUCAUUCAACUUUGUCAACUGCUUCAUGUCUCUGUUUUAUAUGGGUUUUUACCUGCAAGAUGUCACUCUUCUACGUAGUGAUUUGGUGGCACUGUUGAUUACUCAACAAGUUAUUGGUCAACUGCAAGAGUCAGCCUUGCCUUUCCUGAUUUUGAAGUUUUGGACAAAGAAGGUUGAUAAAGAUGCUGGAAAGGGUGAAAAAUGGGAAGAGGAAGGACUCCCCCAAGAGUUGAUACAGCAAGCUUAUGAUGAAGCUUCAUUGGAGAAAUACUUGGGCACUUUAGAUGACUAUUUGGAGCUUUUCCUACAAUUUGGUUAUGUAUUCCUGUUCUCAUCUGUCUACCCACUUGCAGCAUUUUGGGCUCUUCUCAACAACAUAUUUGAAUUGCGCAUUGAUUCAUUCAAAAUGUGUUGUGUCUUCCGACGUCCAUUUCCACUCUCUGCAUCAAGCAUUGGUGCUUGGCAGAUGAUGUUUGAAUUAAUGGGUAAGAUAGCUGUGAUGACCAAUUGUAUCAUUAUUGGAUUAAACCCUCAAGUACAAAAGUUGGUGCCUGGACACCAAACACCUGUUCAACUUGUUGUCAUAGUUGUAAUUCUGGAGCACAUAAUUUUAGCUGCUCGCUCCUUCCUGACUUAUCUGAUUCCUGACCUUCCAAGAUGGAUAGAAAUUGAAGUGUAUAAGGAAAGAUAUGAAGCUAAGAAAGCUUUAGAGAAAGUUAAAAUUCAAAAUGCCAUGAAAAGAAAACAUGAGCAGCAAGCAACUUCUUAAGUAAACACUAUAUCGGAUGAGGUAUAAAGUGUACAUUACACACACACACACACAAACACACAUACCCAUGCUGCAGAUAUAUAUCAAUAACUCUUACUAAUCUAAAGAUGAUUUCAGUAAUGUCGUGCCUUCAUUAAAAAUUCUGAGUUCCUCACUUCUUAUAACAUCUGAUAUCAAUAACCUUUCAUUUUUAAGAUACACCAAAACA